UACAUGGAGUACACACGCCAGGAGACCAUGGCGUGGCACGACCGCCUUCAUGCAUACCAUCAGCAGAGGGAUCGCGAGAUGCAGCACGCUUUUCAGGAAAUGGCGGCCGGCAGGUGUCCUCAAUGGCCAUCAGCAGAGGGUCCUCCAGCACAACCAGUGCUGCUGACCUUUGAGGAGUUUCUGGCACAGAACGCUGGCCCCUCGCCGGGAACAGGUGCAUCUACCGUUGGCGGUGGUCUUCGCAGCACUCCCGAGACACGGAGCCCGACCACUCCGAUCCACGGAGGCGGAGGCAGACGUGGAGGCGGUCUUGGCGGUAGCGCUGCCGCUAGCAGUGACGACCUGGGCUUCGGCGGUCUUGGCGGUGACGACCUCCGCGGUGCUCCACGUCCUGGCGCUUAAGCCUUUCGGGCACAUUGUGCGGUUCUCGAUGCUAUGAUACUUAUAUGCUUGUGAUGUUUCUUAUCUUAUUGUUGUUUGUGAGAUUCUUAUAUGCUUGGUGGUGAUGAUACUUAUAUGUUUAUGCUUUGCCAUGCUUCUUAUGAUGUGUGAUGAUGAAUUUGUUGUGUGAUGCUGCUCCUUAUUGUUACGUGAUGCUGCUUCUUAUAUAUGCUGUUUGUUAUAUAUGCUGUGUAUAUUCAAAUGAAUUGAGCUGAAAAGAAACGGAAAAAAGAAA